AUGCCGUCACUUCACGGCUCCAGCUACUCCUCGGCAGUGUCGGACUUGGAGAAAGAGCAGCAGAUUGCCUCCUUCCUCCAGACCAGAAUCAUGUCCAGACGCAGCCUGCGGCUCGACGACAGCCUGUUGGACCGCGGUCUGCCGCACGCCAGCGCCUCCUUCAGUGUAGGAGGAGGGAGCUGGAGGAGCACCAGGUCUCUGAAGUCUCGUCGUUCUCAGCACCACUCAGUCUCCUGCUCGGACUCUCUCCUCGUGCACACUCCUCGUAAACCGGCCGGCCAGUCGCUCCACAACAGCAGCGUCCACAGCGUGGCCUCGGACGCCUCUCUGCUCUCCUCUCUGCUGGACGAGUCCUCCAUCCACGAGGCCACACUGGUCGACUCAUUCUGGGGUUUGGACAAUAACGUUGAUCCUAAAGAAAGCACCAUCAUAGCGGAGCAGAGCAGCGUCCUGGCAAACAGCACUCUGAUUGGCCCAGACAGCCACUGCGCCAAACACCCGGUGCAGACGCUCAGCCGGGUUUACUGUAAAGACUGUGAGCUGCACUCGGACAGGAAGGAGUCUGUGGCCACUUACCGCUCCUCCUCCGAGUACACCACCACCACGUCCUCCUUGUUGACGGGGCCGCGGCCCUCAGACCACAGAGAGCCUGAAACGUCCACCGUCUACUGCCGAGACCGGGGCCGCAAGAGCAGAACAGAUGUGCUGCAGCUGUGGCUGGACUCGUCAGUGCUGUGUGUCAGGAGCGCUGCAGUCUGCUGUGUCUCUAUACUGACACACACCUGGCAGGUGUGUCAGAGGCUGGCCUCUAAGGUCACAGAGGUCCCUCUACACACUGACAACAAUCAUGGAGUUCAAUCCGGUCACUGUGGAGUCAUGAGCCUCACGGAGUCGACCACGAACCAGGAGGAGCUUCAUCCCAAUGGAUCUCUGUGCCUGUGUUGGUUCGGUCCAGCUGUUCUACAGUCCGUCCUUCCAGCUGUGAACAUCACAGAGUGGAGGACGGCGGUCUCUGACGUCCCCGGUCUGUCCCCCAUGUACAGCUUCAUGUCCGCUCAGAGCCAAUCAGCUGAGGGCGCUGUAGAGGAGUCGAGGGAGGUGCAGCCCUACGUGGAGCCGCUCUACAGUCGACCUCCGGCAGCAGAGACGCCGACAGCGGAGGAGGAAGAGUUGGCCCGGCUCAUUCGUCUGGAGCAGAGUCUGACGGCGCUGUGGGAGCGUGUGGAGGCCGGAGGGCGGCGGGCGGAGCAGAGACACAGGGAGGUUCUCCGGCUGUACACUGACCUCCAGCAGCAGCAGCUGGCCUCUGCUCGGGGCAGGGAGGACGGCGUGGAGCCCUGGCUGAGCGGCCUGCUGGACCAUCAGCUGUCCCAGCUCAGGAGGCAACUGGAUGAGGAGAGACGGCAGAAGGACCAGAUUCGACAGCAGGAUUUGUUGCAGCAGCAGAGUCAAACGUCUCGUCUGCAGCAGCUGGAGCUGCAGCUGCAGGCACUGGCUGCCAAAACAGAGGAGAUGCAGUGGAGACGAGAAGCUGCUCCAACAGCCUCACCUCCACCUGCAACACUUCCAGCUGCCGUCAGUGCCGGCGUGGACCGUCAGUCCCAUGAUGCCUUGCUGGCACAGGUAGCGAGGUUGGAGGCGGCUCUGGGGGAUAUGAGGCAGGAUGUUAAGGGUCUGUCUGGGUUCGAGGACGGCUGUCGACGUCUCAACGGAAUCCAGCAGACGCUCUCAGCGCAGGUCUCCACUCAGGUCCGUGAGGAGGUCCGGGCUCUCGUCUAUGGGAACCAGUUGACGGUGGGGGGCGGGGCAGACGCCAACACCCUCCCACAGUCGCUCCUCCAGUGGCUGUCGCAGCGGUACGUAAGUGGGGCCGACCUGCGGGAGGCGCUGGCCUCUCUGGAGCUCAGGAUCCUGCAGAACAUCAGCCUGCAGCUGGAGCAGCGGCGAAGCGAGGAGGUGGUCAGAGAGGCCGUAAUGCAAACCCCUGGAGCUGCUGGGGCCACCAUAACCCAGGAGGACGUCCAUGUGAUCGUGGAGAACGCUCUGCGGCUGUUUUCUCAGGACCGGACCGGCCUGGCCGACUACGCUCUGGAGUCUGGAGGGGGCAGCAUCCUGAGCACUCGCUGCUCGGAGGCGUAUGAGACGAAGGCCGCUCUGCUCAGUCUGUUCGGAGUUCCUCUUUGGUAUUUCUCUCAGUCUCCUCGAGCAGUAAUCCAGCCGGACAUCCAUCCCGGAAACUGCUGGGCCUUCAGAGGCUCCAAAGGCUUUCUGGUGAUCCGCCUCUCCAUGAGGAUCCUUCCCACCGCCUUCUCCCUGGAGCACAUCCCCAAAGCCCUGGCACCCAGUGGGACGCUGCGCAGCGCCCCCCGACGCUUCGACAUCUACGGUCUGGAUGAUGAGAGCCAGGAGAGAGGGAAGCUGCUGGGCACUUACACCUAUGAUGAGGAUGGAGAGGCUCUGCAGACCUACCCCGUCACUGAGGAGAACGAUGAAAGCUUCCAGAUCAUCGAGGUGCAGGUGUUGUCCAACUGGGGUCACCAGGAGUACACCUGCAUGUACCGCUUCAGAGUACACGGGACGCCCAGCGACGUGUGAGGACGCUGUGCAGACUAAUGUUGGAUUAUUUAAUACACAGUGCGGAGAUGACGGAG